UUGCACACACUCCCUAUGGGGAAACGAGACGCCUCCUCAUAAAGGCAUGGCACAUUUUUUUGUGGAAGGUAGACGCUAGUAGCUUUCCGUCCAUAGUAGGCUACCACCGCCCGAGCGGCCGAGUUCCCCAGCGUCUGACUAGGCUAAUGAUGUCCUUCCACUGAAUACGACACCGACAGUUCUGACUGCAUUGUCGCGAUUAGCUGUUCCACAUUGGGACUUCUUCUAAACUGAAUCAAAGCUGGCUUUAGCUGUCUUACCUUUCGAUUCUGUCUUUCUAUUCGCUAGACUUCCUACUCGCCUGGCCACUCAUCUUUCCCGCAGAUCCUCUGCUGCAGUCGACAAAUAAAACCGAUUAUUCGCGGAUUGCGUUUACAUCUGGACACGCUCAGGAUAUUUGAGGCCUACUGUUAGCCUAUCUCUAUUGUAAAGAAGAAAACGUGUCUACGUGUUUUUGCGACUAUAUAAUGCCGACACAUCUGCGAUUUCGGAGAAGGUCAUUCCUUGGGCUUAUAUUCCUCUUCUCACUGUCCACCACCGCAUUGUACUUCAUCUAUUCAGCGCCUGGUAUCGUAAAUGAGUACCUGUUUAUGGUGCAGGCCACAGGGAUUCACAUCAAGGACAACGUGAAGAAUAUCGGUGUUCAGGUUCUAGAGCAGGUGGUCAGAGGUGGUUACAAUAUCAAUGGGACAGAUUAUGCCUAUGACUUCAACCUGAGUGAGAGUGAUGUGCCGCCCACCACAUACCUCCCCGACAGCUUCACCUAUUUGUCCUCACAGAUCUGCCCAGAGAGACUGCCCUCCAUGAAGGGGAGGCUGGAGGUGAAUAUGAGUGAGAUGGCUCUGGAGGAUGUGGAGAGGGUUCUGUUGAAUGCUGAGCCUAGCAUGACCCUGGGGGGCUACUGGAAGCCCAGGGACUGUGUCCCACGCUGGAAGGUGGCGAUACUGGUCCCAUUCCGAAACCGCCAUGAGCACCUGCCCAUCUUACUCAGACACCUGAUACCAGCACUACAAAGACAGAGGCUACAGUUCGCCUUCUAUGUUGUAGAGCAGGUUGGUAGUGAGCCCUUCAAUAGGGCCAUGUUGUUUAACGUUGGCUUCCGGGAGGCUAUGCGGGACCUGGACUGGGACUGUAUGGUGUUCCACGAUGUAGACCACAUGCUGGAGAACGACAGGAACUACUACGGCUGUGGAGACAUGCCUCGCCACUUCGCUGUCAAACUCAACAAGUACUCCUACAUGCUUCCGUACAAUGAGUUCUUUGGUGGCGUCAGUGGUCUAACAGUGGAACAGUUCACCAAGAUCAAUGGUUUUCCCAAUGCAUUCUGGGGCUGGGGAGGGGAAGACGACGACCUUUGGAACAGGGUGCAGUACGCUAACUACACGGUCAGUCGGCCGCAGGGAGAGUUGGGUCGUUACAUGUCAAUCCCACACCACCACCGUGGCGAGGUGCAGUUCCUGGGAAGGUACACUCUUCUAAGGCGCUCUAAGGAGAGACAGAGUCUGGAUGGGCUCAACAACCUGCGGUACUCCCCCCUAUUGUCCCGGAGGCCUCUCUACACCAACAUAUCAGUCAGCCUGAGCAGGAAGCUAGCCCCUAUAGCAGACUAUAACUGACCAGGAAGCAGCGGGCCACACAGCCCUCCGGGGAAACAAAGUCAUUAUGGACGUCAGCCAUAUCUCACCAGUCACAGCACUCCUUAGGACUUUUUAGUUAAUUUACUUUGAUUCAGUUUUUUUAAGCAAAAAAAGACAUGCAGAACGGUGUCACGAGGAUUGAUCAAUCAACAUGUAAGGAGAAAGCCGCACUCGUUUUGUGCUGUGGUCCAUCAAUCGCUUCUAUCAUCCGGGCUUCUCCACUCUUCUGUCUCCACCUGCCCUCCACACCAUUUUGGGCCUUUAGCAUUCAUUCUUUCAUUAAUGUGUUCAGUAAGUCAUUAAUUCACUCAUGGAGACAAUGGCAACUGUAAACAUAAGGGAAACAGGAACACGUUCCCUCUAUAGGGCUGUGGUGUGGAGGGGACAGUAGUGUAGUUUGUGUAUGUGGCUGAAGGAGUUAGGUUGUACACACAAAUCUGCUGACACAGUCCCUAGGCUUUGAUUUUAUUUUGACCUUGAAUAUUUGAUCUGAAUAUUUUUCAUUGACUUAUUAAACCUGUGAAAAACAGACAGACACAGAGUAGGUCCUCACAGCUGGCUCUGUGUAGGACAUGGAGGGAGAGAGAGACGCUGUGGACAAAGGUAUAACAUUAGCUUGAGACUGACUUGUGUGCAGAGUGGCUGACUGGUCACA